AUGUCUACCCUGGCUCAGAUUGUCAAAAAGCUCCGCCCGCGUACUCGACAGUGCCUCGGCUUCAUCGAGCACCUGAAGCUCUCUCCUCCCCCAGACGACAAAAUCCUGGCCAAAGUGUACGCAGCAGCAGCGGCGUUGGGGGCACCGACCCCUCUGUUUCCAAAAGUACGCCGCCUGAUCCUCGAGGAUCCGUACCCCAACGGGACCUUAUACCGCAAGUAUGGCAUCAAGCCGACGUUCAAACGUCUUCCUGAUGAAGGUCUCUUCCUCUUCGAUGCCCCAGACGUAUGUGUUCGCAGCGGCUCAUGGUCUCAGGGCCGCCUCGAGUACCUCCCCUGUCGGAGCAUCUCUUCUGCAAAUCUCACGGUGCACUGCGCAGAGCUGAGCGACAUUUGGGAAUCGUCACUGCCCCGCCCGUAUCGAACCCUCCGGAUCUACUGGCCAAAUGCGCACAAUGAGGGCGAGUACGACGGCAUCGACUAUGCUGCAGAUUUUGACAACGAGGCUGCCCUCUGGGCUCUCGAGCUGCCUCUUGUCUUCUACCCCCGGACAUCGGAGUUGACAGAGCGCAAGGUUACACACCUGCUUGCGAGGGCCCGUAGCCGCAUGAAUCGACAAGGGGCAGAUAAAUAUUGCGACACUUUCCUCUGGUAGUUAGGCUGAUUGCUGCGUGCGUCACGAUGUCCGUAGCUAUGGUAACAGGAGGAUUUCAAUACCUGCG